GCUCUGCUGGGAUCCAUCUGAUGUGUGGAAAAGCUUGAGAAGGAACCCGGAGUGCUCUCACGGAUGCCGGGUCUGCUUUGAUCCGGACGGGAGAACACGCUCCUUCUGAGCCGUGACUUGUGAUCUCUCCGCAUCUCUUUCUCCCCGAAAUAAACCUCGUCCGCCCAGCAGGAUGUCUGUUUUCACUCGGACCGUGAUGGCCGUUCAGAGAUGCCAAUGGGGUGCCACGAGACCGAAGGAGAUGCUAAUUCUUGUUUUUGCUCACUCGUCUUUGCUGCCCCAUGUGACGUUAUUGAUGUCCUGCUCAAUGAUGCCACCUGUGAUGCUUCGCAAUCAGGAGCGACAGAUUUCAGCCGUCGAACCGUGAGACUAUAGUUGGGCAUGGAAAGAACUCAGACCUCGGAUCAUCUGCCAGUUGCCUUUUGCAAUCCCCAGUCAGAAAUGCCCCCAUCUGUAAUUUUAACAUUUUUGUUCGAGGCACAGAGUUUGCAGCGGUUGUGUUAAUCUAACCUUGUCGCGUGUUUUGGGUAUUAAAGGCAUUUUACUGUGCUUUUGGGGAGCGGAACCUCACAUCAUCAUCCAAUUUCCUCUGCUUCACAUCUGAUAACUACUAUAAUCAGAAUAGUGGCAUAUAGUCUGUGUUUUAUGUUGCCAAUUUGUUCAUUUCACCAUCAACUGAGGUGCAUUUUGUUGUGCAAAAGGGGGUCGGGGAGCUUAGACUGGCCUUUUUAUUUGUCCACCCUAAAAAUGGAGGCUACAAUGACAUCAUACUUUUCUGCCCACUCGCGCACCAUUUUAACCCAUUGGCCACACCCCCCUCAUUAUGGUUUCACGUCAAUAGUUCGUGUACUAGCCAAGGUUGCCUCGCGCUGCUCUGAGCGUAAAACAUCACAAAUGCGGUUUGGGGGAGCUCAAAAUCCUUAUGGUGGUUUCAUUUUUACCCCUCCAUGGCAGAUUUGUUAAGACUGGCGUUGAGGACCCGAACGCAGGCGAUAGAUCACCGAGACAGUCCCUGCUUGAGAUGACCUACCUAUGCAUUCCUGCCUCAGACCUACCAAGCCAAGAUCUGACACAGCAUUUCAAGGACAGCAUCGCAUUCAUUCAUGAGUCCCGCCUGAAGGGAGAGGGAUGCCUGGUCCACUGCCUGGCAGGCGUGUCCCGCAGCGUCACCCUGGUAGUCGCCUACAUCAUGACCGUCACCGGGCUGGGAUGGCAGGAUGCCCUCAGCGCCGUGCGGGUCGCCCGCCCCUGCGCCGGCCCCAACGCCGGCUUCCUGCGGCAGCUAGAGGAAUUCCAGAGCGACCAGCUGGCCCACUACAGGGCGUGGCUAAAGGAGAAGUACAAGGAGAGCCCGUUUAACGACGAGGAGGAGGUCCAGACCCUGCUGUCCCAGAAACCCAAGGCCAACGGAGACGAUGUGGCCCAGCCAGGGCUGCGUGCUACCUGACGUUCACUGUGUCUGGGGCGACCCCUCUGUUACUCACUUUCUCUCGGUGUCGGAUGGUGCCUGUCAGCCUUGGGCUGGAGUCUGAAGGGUUACACAAGGGAGGUGGACAUUUCUAUGUGCAAUAGAGUCAAUGUUGUGUUCCUUUAUUCAGAAACUCUCCAAGUCCAUGUAAAUAUGCAAAGUGUGUGUUUGUUUUUUUUUUAACAAUCUAAAUGAACCUUUGUAUUGUACAUGUAAAAUUUUGGUAAUUUCUAUUUAGAAAUUUCAUUUUGUAAUGCAAAAAAAUGUUUGUGUUUUUUUUCCAAAAUUUUCAAAACGGCAGUUAAGUUUAAAACAAACAACCAGUUUAAGCUGUCUACUUAACUUUUUAGAAUGUUCUAGAGUGUUUUUUUCCCCCAAUAUCAUUACGUUUAAGCAGUAAUGUUUGAAAGCAGGAAGAGACUAAACAUUUCUUAAGAGAAAAUAAAAUACAUGUGUAUAUUAAUGGCAGAACGGUGGUUUCUUUGGUGCAAUUUUUUAGUUGAUUCUAGGGUUUGUUAUAGAGACAUAAAAAAAAACUUUGAACUGAAAUAAGAAACAAAUAUCAUCUGAGUCGUUUUUUUCCAGUAGAUAUGGAUUAUGGUGAACCUGGAAAUAAAAACGUGAUUUUCUCCAGGUAAUUACUUCAUUUUGAGAGUCUUCAUUGCACAAAACAUGUCAACAGCCAAAAAGCCCAUUAAAGUAAUAAAAAGAGACCCAAACUA